AGAACGUUAUGUACAGUUAAACAUUAUCAAACAUUUAUGAAACGGAAAUGGUCAGUUUCAUCAAACAGGUAGUGCAUUCAUAAAUCUGCAAAACAUGGCUAACAUCUGAGUUAUAAACUAGAAAUCACGUAGACAAGCGCACAGUCUAGUGAGAUAACACAGGGUAACAUGGACGUUUUUGCUGACGGGGCGGGAGGGUUCGACCAGCUGCACCAGGAUGGGAACCAGACAUACCUGCACCCGUGUCACUAUCACAGCCAGAACAAGACCCACUUCUUGUACACGAAAAAUGAGUAUGGAGGUAUCCCAGAGACGCUCAUCAUUAAUGCAGUUGCGUGGGCGGUCCUUCUGGUAGUAUUUGCCAUUCUCCGUCGUGUUGCCUGGGACUAUGGUCGUAUUGCUCUGGUCACUCGCCAAGAGGAAAAUGAGAGAUCCGUCAACAGUUCUGGUACAUCGGAAGAGAACAAAUACAAUAUAAAUGAUGGGAACCGUGAUCUUAGUUCCAUGGAGUCCUUAGAUGCACAGGUGCAUGCACAAGACAAGGGGUGGUGCUCAUGGAUGGUUGCAUUCACCAAAGUCAAGGACUGUGACAUUGUGAAAAAGUGUGGUCAGGACGCGUACCAGUACAUCCAAUUCCAGCGAUACGUACUGCUCUAUGUGCUCAUCAUCUGCGUUCUCUCUACCGCCAUUAUCAUUCCUGUUAACUUUACCGGCAAUAACAUUGGAAAUGCCACUGACUUUGGCCAUACAACCAUAGCGAACCUUGAUGCUAAGUCUAACCUGUUGUGGAUUCAUGGACUGUUGUGUAUUGUGUACCUCGCCCUGGCCGUCAUCUUCAUGAGGCACUUCUCGGUCAACCUGAAAUUUGAGGCUGACGAACAGGUAUCAAAGACCUUGAUGGUUGCCAACAUUCCAAAGGACAAGUGUUUUAAGAACAUCAUUGUUCAGCACUUCCAUGGGGGUUACCCAGAAGUCUCAGUGAGUGACGUCACUUUUGCCUAUGACAUUGCCAAACUUAUGGAACUCGAUGCAAAAAGGGUCGCGGCCCAGGAAGCUCGAAUGAACUCAGAGAUUGAGCUGCAGAAGACUGGACACAGACCAACCAUGAGUCCCAAAACAUGUGGCCAGUGUUUGUGUUGUGGGGAGGCGUGUGGCUGUGUUGAGGUUGAUGCCAUAUCCUUCUACGAGGAUAAGGAGACAAGGCUGGCUGAAGAGUGUGAAAGAGAGAAGGCCAACGCCUAUCAGCGACCACUCGGUGUCGCAUUUAUCACAUUUGAUAACACUGGCAUGGCAGAGAGCGUGUAUAAGGACCACUUGCCAACACUUGGUGAUAUUGUAAAAACGAAAAGAUUCUACAGGAUUUUGAAUGACUUCCAGCCAUCGUGUAAGGCAUCCCAGAAUCCCCAGCCCUCCUCCAUACAUGUGGACUUGGAUGUUGUUGAAUGGGAUGUUUCCUACGCACCCUCGCCAGAAAACAUCUACUGGGCGAAGCUGUCUCACUCUGGUUGGCGAUGGUGGUUGAGGGCGGGAUUGAUUAAUGGACUGCUGAUAAUUCUACUGUUCUUUCUGACCACACCAACCAUCAUACUGAGUAACCUGGAUAAAGUCAACUAUCAGGACUACAUUAACAAAACUGGUAAUGUGUUGCUAAUGCAGUUUCUACCCACCCUUCUAUUGUGGACAUUCACUGCUCUCCUACCAAACCUAGUUUCCGUAUCUGACCAGUAUGUUGGGCACUGGACAAGGAGCUCGGAGCACCAUUCAGUGAUGCAGAAGACAUUUAUAUUCCUGAUAUUGAUGGUCCUUAUUCUGCCUUCCCUCGGCCUCACCAGCGCAAGCGCUUUGUUUGACUUGUUCAUACAAGAUCAAGGAAAGUCAGUAAACUGGGGGUGUAUUUUCCUGUCAGGGAAUGGUGCGUUCUUUGUGAACUACAUCAUCACCUCGGCAUUCAUAGGCACCGCCCUUGAGCUGCUCAGGUUUUCUGAGCUGUUUGUGUACGGCAUUAGAAUCCUGAAGACUCGCUCCUCAGCUGAGAGAACAUCUGUUAGAAAGAAUGUACUAAGGGAGUUCCAGUAUGGGAACAACUAUGCCUGGUUCCUGUGUGUGUUUGCCAUCAUCAUGUCAUACAGCGUCUCCUGCCCUCUCAUAGCACCGUUCGGUCUUGUGUACAUGGUAUUGAAGCACAUUAUUGACCGUUACAACAUAUACUUUGCCUACAAGCCCUCCAAGAUCAGCCCCAACAUCCACUCCACCGCCGUCACCUAUGUCAUCAUCGCUGUCAUCUUCCUGCAGUUCAACUUUGUCUUCUUCUCUGUUAUUAGAGGAAGUGCUGACCAGCCUAUCUCUAUAUUUUCCUCCGUUAUUCUUCUCGUGAUUCUUGUUGUGUUCUUCGGUCGCGUGUGCUUCGGUUGCUUCCAGUCUGUCGGACCUUUCAACAAAAAUAGAUACAAGCAAUUUGGAGAGGAAUCCAACUUUGCUAAAAGGGAGGAUAGUAGCCAGCAGUUUGUAGCGAGUGUGUUGUCCGGGACUACAGGAGUCGUCAGUACUACCCCAUCUGCCGCUGAUACCCUGGCACAUUCCUAUGGUGCCAUGGAAACCACCAACACAAAUAACACACAACAUCCAGAAACCAGCUCUGCAGAACAGUAGUGAAAUUUAUUGAGUGGAUGUUAAAUAGGAUAUAAAAAAACAUAUAACACCAAUGUCUUAAUAAUUGUCUUGAAUUGUUUCAAAUGUUCAGUAAACAUGUAUACAUUUGGGAUGCUCUCAAGUGUCUUCUACAUUCAUGUUCCAUGACAUUGUGUCUGCAAGUAAUUCCAAAGUUGCCUUGUGGUAGGCCAGUUGACAAAUCAUUUAUUUUAUUCUACUAACUUUUCAAAACCAUUUCAGAACCUUUUUCUUCAACAUUUAUUUUUUGGGAUGAUUUCUUGUUUUAAUGAUGUUAGAGUUUUCAUGCUCAGUAGAUAUGUAUCUUGUCCAAACCCAUAGUAGUAAAAUGUUAGUAUGAUAAACAUGGUGGUAAAAGUAGGGGUAUAUAAUUAUAUAAGGUGUGGUUGAAGAUUUCUUUAUUCCUCAAUAUGAGGAAAAGCCGUGUUAUACACGACCAUGAAUGUUAUGUGCAAUACUAUGUUGUACAAUAAUUAUACAGAUUAUUUAUUGUAAGUGUGUCUUCAAUCUUGUUGUGUUAAUGUUGUUCACAAACUGUUAUAUGUUAUAAAGUCUAUAUUUAUUCUUUAAUCUAUCACCAUUGAGCUGUCAAUGUCUGCAUUUGAAUGACAUUGUUAUUUGUAAUGAAUGUUAUUGGUUUCAUGUGAUGAAGUAUUCUUACAAUUCAUUACCUCCUUCUUACUAUAACAGUUCCAUAUUAUGUACAUCAAAGUCAAGAUCACCAAAAUAAUAAUAUUCACAUGAUAUCAUCAUAUGCAUGUUUACAUCAUAACCUUAGUGCAAUAACUCCUUAUCUGCUUCUACUUCUAUAUACAGUUACUGGUUUAUUGCACUAAGGUGACAACUGUGUAGAUAAUGCUUUUCAUUGUAAGAUUGCUUUUUGAAUUGUUUUUUUUUACUUUAAACAUGACAAAUAACUGUGUUUUUUGUACACAAUAAAUAUUACAUUGUUUAUGAAAAAUUUGUAAGGACAGGUUGUUAAUCUGACACCAAUAAUCAAUCAAGAUUCUUGACCACCAAUUAAAGGAAGAAAGUUAUUAAUUACUUGAGUAAGUGAAUCAGUCAUACUCAGUUACUCCUGGAACAGCUUUGGUAUAAUAAGGGCUUAUAUCAGCAGAACUAUUCUAAUCAUGAAACAGUCACCCUCUGCUUGGAUGACUCCUUGUCAACGUGUCAAGCUUAACCAAGACUGCUAUCUCCAAGCUUCAUCUCUUGAUCAGCUAGCAGUGGAAAUAGAGGCUUUACUACUUUGCAGCAUUAAAUGUAUUAACUUCCUGAAAAACAGGACAUAAAAUUACUGAUUAAAACUAUUUUAAGGACCUCACUAAACUUUUAAGUCUUUAAGUGUUCUUUUGGUCAUGAAUUAUUAUAUGACAGAAUUUCUAUUCAAUAAGUUUAUUUAGAAACUAUGUAUGGGUACUAUUUUGACAGUAAUGUAGAUUAUAAUAUUAAUUGCCAAAAUUAAUGCUUUUAUAGAAAAAAGAAACCAUUCAUACUCGAAGUCCUUUUUGAAGUUUUCAAAUGAAGUCAAAAAGUAAAAAUCGUAUGACUUUGUGAAACAGGAGAAAGAGGUCAUACUCUUGAAAUGAAAUGAGAUGUAUAAGGCCUGGGCCCACUAACAUCUUAAGUUGGAGUUUGAGACUUAAGACACAAAACUGUAAAUUUUGAUUUUUUUUCUUAUAAAAUAAAAAUCAGUGUUGAUGAACAUAGCAUUUAUUUGUUAAUUUUUGGUCACAAAGAAUGAUGUUGAUGAUGUUUUGUUAAAUUAAAAUAUUGGCAUUCCUAAGUCUUAGUCUCAGACUCAGACUUACCAGACAACUGUUAACUUAUAUUGGCCCAGAACUUGCAUAUUGUGUAUUUUUUCAAAAGCCAGUGCAAAUGAUACUGAUUGAACGCACUGUCCUCUACUGACUGUUCAGUUUCAUUGUUAUUGUUUUACUUCUUUUAUAUACUUAUCUCUUGAAUAAAAUUAGAAAAGGC